AUGGUUACAAUAACUCGUUUCGAUGAUUUGUCGCCAGAAUUAAUACUUUGUAUAUUUGAUUAUCUUUCAUCAUUUGAUCGAUACAAUUCAUUUUUUAAUUAUGACUAUCGUCUUCAUGAACUGGUAAAAAAGCGAACAGAAUUUAGUCGAAAAGAACUGAAUGCUGAUAUUCUUCGCUUUUCUACUCUUCAUAGUUGGUAUAAACUUUUAUCAUUCGAUAAUGAUGGUAUGCUAUGUUUUAUUAUACCAACCAAGGGACAACAGCCACGUUACAGUUUUGAUCCUCGUGUUACUGAUGCUAACGGUUUACAUUGGUGGUUCAUAAGCGACGUUAGAGAAUAUAUUUUAAAUGAACGUGUGCGAGCCAUUGUUACUCGUUAUCCAUUCAGACUUAAUGCUUUCUUUUAUCAUCAUGAAUACAAAUCAAAUAAUCAAUCUUCAAGUCGUCGUCGGUUUCAUGGUGGAAACAUAAUUCUUGGCCUUGACGAAAGAUUACAUGUUCAGAAAUGGUUAAGCACCAAUUAUCCAGAACAUUAUAAUAGGAUUUUUAAUUCAUCAGAUUCUGCCUUAAAUGGAAUAGACGAUAAUUUAGUGCCUAUUUUCGAUAAUGAAUGGCUAAAAGUAACAACAGCUAUUCAAAAAUCAGUCGUUCAAAUAUGGAAUGAUUUAAAAGAACUUGAUGAUGUUAACCCAUUUCAAAUAGAAUUCGAAGAAUAA